UUAUGACGACCAGGCGCGGUGUAUGCUGGGAGCACCAGAACGUCAAUAUGGCGGCUUCCAGGGGAAAAGAACAGAAAGAUAUUUCUUCCUCUGAUGUCGACUUAUUACUACACCCUGAGUUGUUGUCUCAGGAUUUUUUAAAGCUCGUUUUAAAGGAGAAACACGUUCGUACCGCAGAGUGUGGGGGUCGGGACGGGCUGACGGAGCUUUAUCUUCGGCAUGUAAUCCCUCUGCCGCAGCGGACUUUGCCCAAUAGCCGCUGGGGUAGAAGAGUGGCGAAGAGCCGAGGGUCAACAGCGAAUCAUCGGACACCCAGUGAUGACAACAGUAGGAAAAGGCCGCAAAUUGUCUUUGAUGGCAGUUCCGCUCAUUCCUGUCCACUAAAAGUGAAGAAAGUAGAGGAAUCUAACACAUCAACACGAAUCACCGACAGGUUAAAACCUCCACCAGUUGGAAACCAGUCUAACCCAAUCCGCAGGUUAUCAGAAAGCUCUUCCUCUUUCUCCUCUUUCUCUUCCACAUCUGAACAUCUAAACUCUGACACAGCAAACGUCAAACAAGAAGCCAUCAGCUCGGCUGCAGUGAAAUCUCCGGAUGUUAAGAAGAAAAUCCAGCAUGUAACGUGGCCCUGACCCUUGGACACAUUGCUCCUCUCAUGUCUCUGGUCACUGAGAGUCUUCACUCCCUUUCCUCCUCAUACUGUAUGUCUAAACAUUCAGACACAACAUUCAGCACUUACCUGUGAGUAAAAGCCACCUCUCUGCUCUCUGUUCGGUCACAGAGCCAAUAUGAUGGAGCAGUUCAUCUCUCCAACCUCAAGUGCUCUUAACAUCAGUUAUCUAUAACCUCAGAUGGCCAAUGCAUAAUGCUAUGGGCUUUAAUUUUAUCUUUGUGUGGAUUAAAGGACGGGAGUUGCAAUGCUUCUAAUAAGUCAUUAUUGUUUUCUUUUUGGGAGAAUAACAGACAUGGUCCGUGUAUGCACCAGUGGUUAGCAACACUGUGAGUGAUCAUCAGGUGAGCCUUGGAAAAGUAUCAAAUUCUGUUUAAUUGUUUUGAAAACCAUUAUUGAUUUAGUGCAAAUAAUUUCUUUGACAGGCAGCGCAAUUAAAAGCCCUCCCAUUAGAUGGCAGCAGAUUGCUAUAGAAAUAAAAAAGAGAGAGACUUAGAGCUGUUAAGAUCUUUGUGUGUCUUUCUUUAGUUCCUGCAAGUAUAUCAGGGUUGUGUUCAACUAAACAAGUCCAGGGUUUCAGUUUAAGUUUUGAGUGAACUGACAUUAGAAGACCAUUUAAAUGAAUUACAUUACAAGACAGGACAAGUUGACGUCACAGUUGACAAUAAACAAAGCUUAUGUAACAUAUUAGGUUUCAUUACAUUUUCAGAAAGUGUAUUAACUUUUCUGGCAAGGGUUUCUUUUUAUGUUAUUUAAUUUUAUUGAAAUUGAGAGUCUCAGCAUUAGGGAUGAAUACUUUGGCAGGAAGCAUUUUUUGUUUUUACCAUUGGGGAAAAUAACAUCAAGUCAACUGCUCAUCUUUAAAGUAUGCGUGAUACAGGAUUGAUUUUCACGGUGAUAGUGACUGGACAGUAGUGACUAAAAUGCAAUAAGGCCUUGAGUUUUGAAAAUUGAAUUUUGUGGUUUGAUUAAUUUUAUUUUAGACAGAAGCUACACAGAUUUGUGAUUUGUAAUAGCAGUGUUAUUUCGCAUGCAUGUUUCUUUUAAAGUUUGCAUUGUGUAAAUAAUCCCUUAGUUCAGGAUGGGUUUAAGUGUGUCUGGCUGAAACUAUUUUUACUUCACUGGUUUUUGUAGGAUUGAAAAAAACAAAGCAUUUGUGAAGUUGGCGUCGUCCUUUAAAAAUUCCUAGGAAACAUGAAGUCUUUUUUUGAACGGGGUUUAUUUGAAACUGUGGUGGAUAAUUGUUAAUAAUGUUGCUCAAACACAUUUUUCCAAUGUUUGUAAAUUCUUUGAAUGCUCAAACCAAGUGUUAUAUUUGUAGUACAAACAGUUGCUUUUUGUAAAUAAAUUAUCACAUAUACUAA